GGGUGACAGCAACAGCAGCAGCACCGGGGCAUGGGCAGCAAGCACUUGAGUGUAAUUCCGUGUGGGAGGAGGAUGGGUGUGUUUGAGAGUAUCUAGCCUUUUUUUCCUCCUCACACGCUCUGCUGUGCGCACAGACUGAAGACAAAGCGCAGAGAGGAGUCCAGCUCUCCAUGUGAUGUGCAGCCGCGCCUACCCCCCCUCCCCUCCUCCCUCCCUCCUCUCCAGCUUCAACAACUGUGAAGUGGCUGCCUCACCGGGUCGGACCGGAGGCCGUCUGGUCUCCGAUCUGGUCUCUGGAGUCAGCGGAGACUCGACGCGCUCCGUCAGGACCAGGCUGUACGGUUCGCGGAUCGGACCUGAGCCACCCAGAGAUCUGGUGAUGGAGAUGAUGGAGGGAGACGUUAUGGACAAGCUAGAGGACAUGUCAUCGGUGUACGACUUCGACCCGAUAACCGGCAACAUCCCCGCCACCAAAGUAGAAAUCACCGUCUCCUGCAGAAAUCUGCUGGAUAAAGACACAUUUUCCAAGUCAGAUCCAUUAUGCGUGCUGUAUACGCAAGGUGUUGAAACCAAACAGUGGAGAGAGUUUGGCAGAACAGAGGUGAUAGACAACACCCUAAACCCUGACUUUGUUCGAAAGUACAUCUUGGACUACUUUUUUGAGGAGAAGCAGAACCUUCGCUUUGACUUGUACGAUGUUGACUCCAAAAGCCCAGACCUGUCCAAACAUCCCGCAGAACUCAACGACUUUUUGGGUCAGACGUUCUGUACUCUUGGGGAGAUUGUUGGAUCACCAGCCAGUCGACUGGAGAAACCACUGGGAGGGAUCCCAGGGAAGAAAUGUGGGACUAUCGUCUUGUCUGCAGAGGAGCUGAGCAACUGUCGAGACAGCGCCACUAUGCAGUUCUGUGCCAACAAGCUGGAUAAGAAGGACUUCUUUGGCAAGUCGGACCCUUUCAUGGUGUUCUACAGAAGCAAUGAGGAUGGAACGUUUACUAUCUGCCAUAAAACAGAGGUGGUGAAGAACACAUUAAAUCCAGUCUGGCAGCCUUUUACUAUACCAGUACGGGCGCUCUGCAAUGGAGACUACGACAGAACAAUCAAGGUGGAGGUGUACGAUUGGGACAGGGAUGGCAGCCAUGACUUCAUUGGGGAUUUUACGACCAGCUACCGAGAGCUAGCUCGAGGGCAGAGCCAGUUCAAUGUGUACGAGGUGAUAAAUACCAAGAAGAAAAUGAAGAAAAAGAAAUAUGUCCACUCUGGAACAGUGACGCUUCUCUCGUUCUCAGUGGAGUCAGAGUUCACAUUCUUAGAUUACAUCAAAGGAGGGACACAGAUCAAUUUUACUGUGGCCAUCGAUUUCACAGCAUCUAAUGGUAACCCUUCCCAGUCCACUUCACUGCACUACAUGAAUCCCUACCAGCUGAACGCCUACGCUAUGGCCCUGAAGGCUGUAGGGGAGAUCAUUCAGGAUUACGACAGUGACAAGAUGUUCCCUGCACUGGGCUUUGGAGCCAAACUGCCCCCUGAUGGACGGGUGUCACAUGAGUUUCCACUGAAUGGAAACAUGGAAAAUCCGUAUUGCAAUGGUAUUGAGGGCAUCUUAGAGGCAUACCACCAGAGUCUGAAGACAGUGCAGCUGUACGGUCCAACUAACUUCGCUCCUGUGGUGAACCAUGUUGCCAGGUAUGCAGCUGCUGUACAGGACGGCUCUCAGUACUUUGUGCUCCUCAUCAUCACAGACGGCGUCAUUUCCGACAUGGCCCAGACGAAAGAGGCCAUUGUAAAUGGUGCCAAGCUUCCCAUGUCGAUCAUCAUAGUUGGAGUGGGUCAGGCGGAGUUUGACGCUAUGGUAGAGCUGGAUGGUGAUGACAUCAGGAUCUCAUCCCGGGGGAAACUGGCAGAGAGAGACAUUGUUCAGUUUGUUCCCUUCAGAGAUUAUAUGGACCGGACAGGCAACCAUGUGUUAAGCAUGGCUCGGCUCGCAAAAGACGUGCUAGCAGAGAUCCCCGACCAGUUCAUCUCUUACAUGAAGAGCCGGGGGAUCAAACCCAACCCGGCACCACCUCCUUACACACCGCCCGGACACACACACCACCACACGCAGAUCUGAAGCCCUUCCCCUGGCUUUUCACUGAGGACUGACAGCAUGCAGCAGCCACUCAGAGUUCAGAGGGAACUCUCUGACUCCUGUUUUGUGGGGCAAACAGGAGCUGACGCACCAGGAAAUGGGUGUUGAAUUUUGUGCCGUAUCCUCCCAGUGACUAUUGGAGCAGCAUUUUGGGUUGUUUUUUUUCCGGUUUAGUCUGUAAUAUAAUAAUUUGUCUGGUUUCUCUUAAAGAGAGGCUGCAAACUUUCUGAGACUCAUUGGUAACAGCCUUUAUAUCAACACAGAGGCAGUGACUGUUUCACGUCUGAUUUGACAGCAGGUUGGUUCAAAAAGGUCAUGUUGUGGUUAAAACUUGUGCCUGUCUGUGGUUGUUUCUCUAAGUGUAUCAGGACAUGUGAACUUUGACCUAAGCCUUGCUCGUCAGUCAUUGGUGUGGCCUAUUACAGUGAUAUUUUUUAGGCACCUUUUCCCUUCUGGAAUUAGUUUUUAUAUUUGGGGAUUAUCUCCAUAUCUGCAUCAAUUAUGAUGGAGGAAAAACUACAGGUGUGUAGUUUACAAUUUAUUACAUUGAACAUUAAUCAGGCAUUUCUUACCAUAAGGUGUCACAUCUUCUCUUCUUUAUUAGGUAAAUGUUUAUAAGAGCAUGUUAUAUGAGAAUUUAAUUCCCCAAUAUAUUUAUUCUCGAAUGUUAUUCAGAGUGGCAUGGACAUGUGAUAGAUCUGUCAGAAACGUUAUACAUUUUGAAGUGGUCACCAAGUAUUUAUAAGUGAUUGCAUAUAAAAAGCACAAGACAACCUGUCUCUAUACCAAGGACAAGACUAUGACUUUGAUACCAGGUUACUCAUAUUUAAUCAUUUUGAGUGCUGCUAUAUAUUGUUUCUAAAGAAAGGACCCAGUUUAUUCAUGCAAGUCAAAUAUCUUUGUAUUGCAUCUGCAAUUGUCAUUGUCUCAUUAAGUAAGGAUAAAUUCCCAUCGGAAAGCAUGUACAAGAACAACAUCAACCAAUUUAUCAUCCCCUGCCCCUGUUUAUUUUUAUUUUUAUAGUAGACAAAAAAGUUGUUUUGGUUGGUUGGUUUUGUAAUGCAGUAACUACAAAAUACCACAUAAGGAAAAGACGGACCAUGAAACAGGACAAAUAAAUAAAGAAUACAAAAUAUAACCAAACAUGUAAUAAAUUCUAUCAUAGCUGGGCCACCAAACUUGCAAAAUGGGCAACUGCUCCACAUUACUAUGUGGUAAUUUGGUUAAUUGCCCCUUUUUGGUAAUAUAUAUCACUAAAGCACAAUAUACACAGAAGGUAAGAAAAUUACAAUAUCACUCAUUCAAACAUGGGGGAACUGUGACACUCCACUGUAGGAACACUGGUUGGUUUAUGUUAAAUGACUUGGGAAAACCACAGGGACACAGUGAUUAAUUAGGGCCUAUAUCUCAUCUCAUCAUCUUUUGCCCCAGGGCCCAAAAGUGGGUUAAUCCGGCUCUUAUACUAUUACAAACAUACCACCUCUGCAACCCAGAGACUCCCAUGUUAAUGCAAAUCCGUAAGCCCCCAGUGGCCACGCAUCAGCAGCCACAUAACCUCUGUCACCACAGACUUCACACUGUGAGUGAGUACGAUCACACAGUUCCUCCCUGGAGAUUUACAUUUAAUACAGCCCAGUCCUUGCCACAGUGUGCUACAAGUCUCUGGUGGGAGACCGUUCACAAGUGGUCUCCAGAGUUAUGGGAUUAAUUUCAUUGCAUUCAGUAGGCUACAUAAGUAAUUCUUUCAUGUGUAAACACAUUAACAAUCUGUCUUUACCAAAGGGUAAAGAGGGAUUCUUCUGUGCUAAUCUUAGUUUUCUGUAUCCUCCUACCAUCUGUGACGUCAGUUUAGUGUGAAGAAACAAAAAGAAACUGGCUUCUACGUAGCAAAUCUAAUUUUACCGCAUCAGUAACAGAGCUUAUAAUUUGAGAUGCAUCUUUGCACAAUGAUCCAACUACAAUUCCUGAUGGUCCUAUGAUGUGUUGCUUUACAAAAGUGCGAUCAUACUCUAAAAAUGACAACAUUUAAAAGGAAUAUGAUGUGGGGGAGAAGUAGGAUUAAAACAGACACAAGGAGAAGAACGUUUUUCAAAAAAGUACAGAAUACAAUGUAUCACUCGAAAUACGUUUUGUCUCCCAUCAUGCCCAUCAUCUAACAAACCACACAGUAAUUUUGCUCAAGCUGCAGACAAUUUUUCCUUCCGAUUUGUUUUGUUUUCUAGUACAAAGCCUAAAGUAGAAAGGGUAAUGAUGUAGUUAUAAAAGGAACAGGACACCCUGCUCAUGCAGUAGAUGUAGAAAGGUUCAGAUUGAGAGCAGCCAUACACAUGCUGCAUAAAAAAGGGAUAUUCAUGGGAUGUAGAUCCUUCAUUUACCUAGUUUAUUGAUUUUUCUAGCCACGCUAGCAGUGAAGCUGUAGGGAUGACAAUGAUGGACAGUCCAACACUGAAACUGAAAUUUGGAUUCAGACUUGGGUUCAAUUUCAUUGUCCCCAGGGGAUGUAUCCUAAUGACUGUGGUGAUUCCCUGAAAUCUAUUUAGGACCAAAAAUCAACUGACAUUCCCAUCAGCCUCAGCCUUUGGGUUACGUGCCAAUUAGUAAAUGUUAGCAUGCUAACAUGCUAAAGUAAAACGGUGAAAAUUGGCUACCUGCUAAACAUCAGCACAGUAGCAUUAUCAUCGUAAGUAUGUUAGCAUGUUUAGUAUUUAGCUUAAAACACAACUUUGUGCUGCCUCACAGAGCCUCUAGCAGCUGUAUCAUGGACAGAAAGUGCUUCUAACUCCUACUUCUACUUCUUGCAGUGUAACUCUUUCACUAUGGCCAUUGUUCUUAUUGUAGUAUAAUUAUUCCAGUCUCACUCUGUUUUGUUUACUACCUUGAUGCGCCACUUAUUGUUGUAGAGUAAUCAAUUGCUAAAACAAUGCUACAAUGAGUAUAAUAGGCUCUAAAAGGUGUCCUUUCCAUUCAAACUGACAGAGUGAUGCAGAAGCAGAAUUAAUAUGAGCUGAAAAUAUUCUAUUCAAAUGUCUAAUGUAGCAAAAUAAAGGCCUUAAUAAUGUGAAAGGCAGUCACUCCAUCUCAUUUAGUCCUGUUUUGGAAAGCAGUUUAGGUGGAUUAGUGUGGCUCUUAGGUGGAGGAAAGAAAAUUAGUUAAUGGUGGUCAAUAUGGCAAAUUGCAAUUUAUUUGUGAAUCUUUGUGUGGUGUAAGAGAGGAAACAGUUAACAGUGAAAAGAUUAGAGUGGACUCGUAUUAGAAUAUAAAGUGUAUGUAACAGCUGGUUUGCAUAUAGAUCCCAACAGCACUUUAUUCUUGAGAGGAGUGCUUAUUGUAUAUGUUUGAUAUAUUUUUGGGAAAACGACUGUUUUGAAGAUAUUUAUUUAUUUAUUUAUUUUUGGAGUUUGUAUGACAAGCCAUUUCUCCCGUCAUCACUGUCAGUACGAUGACUUCAUUUCCUCUUAAAGCCCUGAUUUUAUUUAUUAUGAUGGAUCGACUGCAUGUUUUCUUGGGGUACAUUGCAGAGUGUUUUACCCACAGUGCUCCCAUCUGUAAAAUAGGAACCAGCCCAACCAGAUUACAUGCAUGUCAUUGCCAAACAUGGCAGUAAGUUCUGUGGACUGUUUUCUUCUCUCUUGUGCCUGGUUCUCCAAACAUUUCUUGUCUCACCAGUGGUUAAAGACUGUAGCUAAUUAGCAUGUUACAGUUGACACUUUUUUAUUUUUUUAUUUUUUUUGUCUAAUCCCACAGUUCUUUGUUGUUUAUAUCUCUUGAGUUUCCUGAUUUGCAUGACUCCCUACUUUCCUUUAAAUGGGUUUUUAUUGUACAUGAUUAUUGUCAUAUGGUGGGUUGUGAAAUGCUUUGUAUUGGAUUGCCUUAACUGAAAAUUAAUUAAAAAAUGACUACUUUUAUAAAAGUU